AUGGACUUUAUUGACUGUUGGCUUGAUUACGGGCCUGCUGUUGGUUGUAGGGGUUUGAUCCCUCUUAAGUCCAUUUUCCCAUGCCUCCUUCCCUGGUCUCAUACAUACAGGAAAAAGAAGACUUCUCUUACAUUACUUCCUAGGUAUGUUUGGGGAUCCGGUGUUGGGAUGGCAAGAGUUGGUAGCAGGAAGCGAAGUCAACAUUCUCAUGAUGCAAAGUUUGGCACUCGGGAGAAUGAAGAAAAUGAUUCAGAUACAGCUUAUUCUGACAAAGCCCACAAAGGUCAACCCUGUUCAAAGGUGACUAAUCCAAAUGAGCUCAAGAAAAAUUCAGAUCAAGUUUCUUCUGCUGACCUACCCCAUUCAAAACCAAGAGUUCAUUCAGAGGAUCCAUCUGGAAAGGGAGCAGUGAUAUCUGCAUAUGAGUUGCAAAAGAGCAAGGAGGAUGAUGAUGCUAAACGUUUCACUGACUCUCCAGCUCGCCAUGACAAUGGAAGCAAUAGGAGUGGCACUGACUCUACCCAUCGAAGCCAGGGAAUAGGUUCUGCUGAGAACCGAAGAAGACCUUCAAGACAAACUACUGGAUCUGAACACAACAUUGACCGUUCACCCCUGCAUCGCCAAGCAAAAACCCCUGGCAGAGAUAGUCCUUCUUGGGAAGUAAAAAAUUCGUAUGAGAGCAGCCAUGGUACCCCAGGAAGGUCCCGGCUAAGACCAUCUAACCGAGGGGAUGAAACUCCUGAUAAAGGUGCUGCUGUUCCAAAGUUUGGUGAGUGGGAUGAGAGCAACCCUGCAUCAGCUGAUGGCUACACUCAUAUUUUCAACAAAGUGCGGAAGGAGAAGCAGGUGGGGGCUGGACAUAUGCCAGGAACGCCUAAUGCUAGACAAUAUGCUGCUCGGAACCAACCUGCUGAUGACAAAGCUCAGGUACGCCUGCAACUUCUAGUUGCUGCUUUUGCUGGGGGAAAAAAUGAUAUAUGUGAAAGUGUGAAUUAUAACAUGAAGAGAAUAGAUAAAAAUAGGGUUGGGCAUGUCUUGAGCAGGGACACUCUGCGUGCAAGAUUGUGA